GCCUUUUCGUUUGUGGUCUAAUUAACUCAAUUCAAUAUUGAAAUACGUGUUUGUAUUGGUGAAAUUAUUUUGGGUUGAACAAAUUAUUUAGUAGGAAACAACAUUUUGUCUUGGGACAAUGAAUGGCAAAUUGAGUGAAGCCCCGCACCCCAACUCGAGGUCCCGCGGGUGAAUUAUGUAAACACCACAAUGUUUGCCAUUGAGAAGUGCCGACCCGGUUGCAGACUCAAGCCAGCAAACCACUUAAUGAGGACAACUAGGACCAUGGUUGAGGAACAUAUGACGGAUGCAAGGUCCACGUACAGUUGGGACAUGCGAGAAUGAGGAACCGAAACCGGGACUUUGGGCCUCAACGUGCGUCCGGAAAGUCAACGGGACACUUUGCAUCGCUCGCACGCAGUUGCGGCUCACUCCGUUGUGCAGAACUCGCGGAGCGCAACAGCAAAUCCAUUUCGAGACAAACUUUCUCCGUUUCUCGUAACCCAGUUUUGUAUUUCAUGACACAAUCGUCAACCGAAUUUCGAGGGCCCAGUUGCAUUUGACAAGGAAAGCAAAUCCCUCGCGACGCUCCACGCGUUCGUCGUCUGAAUCACGGCGCGAGGGUGCCGGAUCUGGAGUUCUUCGCGGGUCAAAGCGGGGCCAGCCAACGCCGCUAGGCGGCGGCAGCGCGCCGGAAGUCCACGUCAGCACGUCGUCGCUCGGUCAGAUGGCGGACGAGAGCACCCGCAAGGCGGUCUCGCAGAUCCCGCUGCUGAAAACCCACGCGGGCCCUCGGGAGCGCGCGCUGUGGCCGCAGCGCCUCAAGGAGGAGUACCAGGCCCUGAUCCGGUACGUGGAGAAGAACAAGGCGGCCGACAACGACUGGUUCCGGCUCGAGUCCAACGCGGACGGCACGCGCUGGACCGGGACGUGCUGGUUCGUCCACGAGCUGCUGCGCUACGACUUCCGCCUGGAGUUCGACAUCCCCGUCACGUACCCCGACACGGCGCCGGAAGUGGCGCUGCCGGAGCUGGACGGCAAGACGGCCAAGAUGUACCGCGGCGGCAAGAUCUGCCUGACGGAACACUUCGCCCCGCUGUGGGCCCGCAACGCGCCGCGCUUCGGCCUGGCCCACCUGGUGGCGCUCGGGCUCGGACCCUGGCUGGCCGUCGAGGUCCCGGACCUGAUCUCCAAGGGGCUCGUGGUCCACAAGGAUCAGCAGUAGCAUCGGCACCGGGGCGUCCCCGCCCGCGAUCCAAGAAAACCAGCAUGUGCUUAAAAUGUCGUCUCGAUCCCGAGGGAGACGUUGGACAAAAAAAAAAAAAAUCAUAAAAUAAAAUAAAAAUAGCUCACCAA